AUGAAACAUGGUGAACAAGCUAAGAAGGAUUUUAUUCAAUUUUGGCGAAACGAAUACAAGAAUAACAAAGCUAAAGCAAAAUAUAUCGCUGAGUUCGAACUUCAAUAUAGUCCAGAAUCAUCAAUUUGGUGGUACAGUCGUGAGUGUUUUCUUUACGAGAUGCUCAACUGGUCUCUUCGAACGCUCGAUGGCGAGACAAUUAUAAAAAUGGGUUUUUUUCUUGCUGAUUUGCAUCGACAAAUUGAUAGUUUACACAAACAACAGGUCAGUCUUUAUCAUGGAAAGAUCUUUGAAGUUUUUCGUGGACAAGGAUUAUCCACAGUCGACUUCGACAAACUCAAGAAGAACAAAGGUGGACUUAUUUCCUUCAAUAAUUUUUUAUCCACCAGUACAGAUGAAGCUGCUUCUCUUGCUUUUGCUGAAAGUGCCAUAGAAAAAUCCGCACUUGAAUUUUACGAAAAAGCACUUAAAACAAGAGAAAAAGCUCUACCUCCGAAUCAUCCCGAUUUGGCUACUUCCUACAACAACAUUGGUUCGGUGUAUGACGACAUGGGUGACUACUCGAAAGCACUUGAAUUUCACGAAAAAUCAUAUCAAAUCUUCGAAAAAGCUCUGCCUCCGAAUCAUCCCUCAUUGGCUAUUUCAUAUGGCAACAUCGGUCAAGUGUAUAAGAACAUGGGUGACUACUCGAAAGCACUUGAAUUUUACGAAAAAUCGCUUAAAAUAAGAGAAAAAGCUCUGCCGCCGAAUCAUUCCUCAUUGGCUACUUCCUACAACAACAUUGGUGUUGCAUAUUUCGGCAAAGGAGACUACUCGAAAGCACUUUCAUUCUUAGAAAAGGCACUUGCUAUUCGUCAAAAAUCACUUCCGUCAACACAUCCUCUAAUUAAAGCAACGAAAGAUAACAUUGAUCAUGUUAAAAAGAAAAUGUAA